GGUAUCGGAGGUCUGACAAUGGCCAAGAACAAACUAAGAGGGCAGAAGUCCAGGAAUGUGUUCCACAUAGCCAGCCAAAAAAGCUUUAAGGUUAAAAAUAAAGCAAAACCAGUUACCACUAAUCUUAAGAAGAUAAACAUUGUGAAUGAUGAAAAAGUUGACAGAAUGAAUAAAGCCUUAGUAGAUAUACAAAAGGAACUUGCAAACUUCUCAAAAGGCCUUUCCCUCGAGCCUCUGCAGAAACAGUUGAUUCCUCAGCAGCAUCAUGAAAACAAACAAGUUAAUGCUGAUGAAGCUACGAGAUUAAUGGCUGAGUUGUAA